AUGCUGCCAGGCACGUUUGAAACCGCUGGAAUUUCUUCGAGUCAGAGAGAAGGGGAUUCAGACGUUAAGAUAGUUUUAAAAGCAGUAGAUACUGCUACAACUUACGACAAAGUUUUAAUUAUAUCUGAGGAUACCGACAUCCUCGUUCUCCUUGUAGCUCUGACCUUUGAAAAUCUAGAAAUUGUUAAUUGUUUUAGAAACAUGUUGAAAUCAUUUACGACAAAAAAUUAA